AUGCUCGACUGCGAUCCCUGCAACGACUUUGUUGAGAAGUGGAUAACGCUGCCUUGUGGGCACUUUCAUUCUACGGGAUGCGUUCAAUCAACGGUGGAUCCUCCCCAGUUCACUUGUCCGAUAUGUGAGGUUCCUUUCGACCGUUCCUCAAAUCAUGGGGUGGUACGCCCCCUACGCUUACCGCAUGCUACGUCUCCCGACAAGAACGACGGCCGUGGAAUGUCGUGUGAUGAUAUCAACAACCGAAUUCCUUCCUCUUCGGCCUUCGAAGACAAGAUUGCGGUGUUGGAGAAGGAGGAAAAGCUCCUCACCGCCGAGCUUGAUCUCCUUGAGAAAGAGUGGCUAUUCCUCAACAUGCUGGCCAAAAUAAAGCAUGUUUGCCGCCCUGAUGGCAUUCCAGUCUUAAGAUUCUUCGCCCGGAAGAAAAGAAAAAGGCAAAAAGAGAGGAUACAGGCAAAUGUGUCUUUGUUGAUAAGAUCAUUCAUUUGGUAUGCACCCAAUGCUGUACUUCUGAUUACCAUUUACGUGGCAGAAGUGAAUGUGUCCCUCGCUGUCUCCGCUAUCAUAUCGGCUACAGCAUGGAGUUUGAUAAUCAUCCUCGGUCAUGUCCUCAACGAUUAG